AUGAUACGUAACAAUAGUGUGACUGACUUCAUUUUGUUUGGGUUGACACAGGAUCCAGAAAAACAGAAGGCAGUAUUUGGAGUCUUCUUGAUUCUUUACCUUAUGACAAUAAUGGGGAACUUUCUCAUUGUGGUGACCAUUAAGAUAAGUCAGACUCUUGGGAGUCCCAUGUACUUUUUUCUUUUCUAUUUGUCCUUUGCUGAUGCUUGCUUUUCUACAACUACAGCCCCUAGAUUGAUUGUGGAUUCCCUCUCUAAGAAAAAAACCAUUACCUACAAUGAAUGUAUGACUCAGGUCUUUGCAGCUCACUUCUUUGGGUGCAUGGAGAUCUUUGUGCUCAUCCUCAUGGCCUUUGAUCGCUAUGUAGCAAUCUGUAGGCCUCUAAGAUAUACAACUAUAAUGAGCCAGCGUAUCUGUGGUGUAUUAGUGAUUCUUGCCUGGGUAGGUUCUUGUAUCCACUCUUCAGCACAGCUUUUCUUGGCCUUAAGAUUACCAUUCUGUGGCCCAAAUGUUAUUGAUCACUAUUUCUGUGAUUUGCAGCCCUUGUUGAAACUUGCCUGCAUGGAUACUUAUGUGAUAAAUUUGCUAGUUGUGUCUAAUAGUGGUGCCAUAUGCAUGGUAAGUUUCAUACUAUUGCUUAUAUCCUAUAUUAUCAUUUUAUACUCUCUGAGAAAUCACAGUGCAGAAGGAAGACGAAAGGCCCUUUCUACUUGCACUUCGCAUUUCAUUGUGGUGGUCAUAUUUUUUGGUCCCUGUAUAUUUAUAUACACUCGUCCCCCAACCACUUUUCCAAUUGACAAGAUGGUGGCUGUAUUUUAUACAAUUGGGACACCUUUGCUCAACCCUCUUAUCUAUACUCUGAGGAAUGUAGAAGUAAAAAAUGCAAUGAAAAAAUUAUGGUGUUAUAAAGUAUGA